CUGACGAUGGAGAGCUUCCAGGAAACUGAGCUCUGCUUCCCUCAGCUGCUCAACUCGUCCUGCAGGAGGACCGUGCGUCCUCGCUCGCUGUCCUUGCUCAUCUACGUCGCGCUGUCCUUCAUCUCGCUGCUCACCGUGGUUCUGAACCUGCUGGUCAUCAUCUCCAUCUACCACUUCAAGAAGCUCCACACUCCCACCAACGUCCUCCUGCUGUCUCUGGCCGUCUCCGACUUCUUGGUGGGCUUCAUCAUGUUCUUCCAGGUCCUCCUCAUCGACGGCUGCUGGUAUCUGGGCGACCUGGCCUGCAGCCUGUACUUCCUCCUGGACUACGUCAUCACCUCCUCCUCCGUCGGGACAGUGGUGCUCAUAUCCAUCGAUCGCUACGUGGCGAUCUGCGACCCGCUCCGCUAUCCCGCCAAAGUGACGAGAGGCAGAGCGAAGCUGCUCGGCUCGCUGUGCUGGGUCGGCUCUGCUCUCUGUCACGGCCUGAUGCUGAGAGGCAACGUCCAGAACCCGGGCCGGGUCAGCUCCUGCGCCGGGGAGUGCGCGGUCGUCAUCGAUCACGCCGCUGGAAUCGCCAAUUUCUUCCUGACCUUCGUGGGUCCCGUGGCGGUCAUCGUGGUUCUGUACGUCAGAGUGUUUGCGGUGGCGGCGUCUCAGGCCCGUGCCGUGCGGUCUCGUGUCGCAGCGGCGGCGGCGGCGGCGGCUCGGGGGUCAGUGAAAGUCACGGUGAAUAAGUCUGAGAUGAAGGCGGCUCGGACCCUGGGCGUGGUGGUGGUGGUGUUCCUCCUCUGCCUCUGUCCGUACUACUGCGUCACGCUGUCGGCCGACGACGCCGUCGUCAGCGCCUCGUCGGCGGCGUUCGUCAUCUGCCUCUACUACCUGAACUCCUGCAUCAACCCUCUCAUCUACGCUUUUUUCUACCCCUGGUUCAGGAAGUGCACCAAAAUGAUCGUGACUCUUCAGAUCCUGAGUCCGGGAUCCAGUGAGGCCAACGUGCUGUGA